UAUUCCCGUCCUUUGGGUGCGCAGUGUUGCCAGCCACAGAGCCACGUCAGGCCUGUAGCAACUGCUCGUCUUCUCCUGCCUCUCCAAGGUUAGAGAUAGGCCCGCCCGACCAGCUGGAGACACUCGAACAAACAGACCCUGGGAGCCGAAUUGAGACCGCGAUACCAGGAAUUAAGUUUUUUUUAUUUUUUAUGUUUAGAUUUUCUCCGGCACUGAGGAGCGUGCGCAGUGAAAUAGUCAGCGGGGACAUCGGUGGCGUUAUUUCGUCUCCAUAAGGAGAUUCUGCGGCUUAGAAACGAUCCUUAUCGCCCGUCUUAUUGGUGCUUAAUGGAAACGCGCAAUCAUAAAAAAUGGUUGCAUUUGGAGAAUAUCCGUGAAUGUGAUCGUCUCCUUCCGACAUCGGUGCGUCAGAGAAGACACCUCAGCUAGCUGGACUCCGGGUUGGGUGUGAAGUCUUCACCGUGCACCGUGUGCUGCUGGGGUGAAGGUGACUUGCGUCCCGCUGCAGUCAGGGCAAUGCGGAGAGGAGUCGCAGACGCUCAUCCGGUACUUUUUUCUGCACUCUAUUUGCUCCGUCUCCCACACUAGAGGGGAGCAACGUGAGAGAUAGACACAGCAAUAACACAUAAUCGAGAUUCAACCCAGAGCCAGUAGUUGGUGAAGGUGAAUUGAACGUGUGCAGAGGAGAGAAUAAGGUGAACAGCGAGGUGCAGGGUGGUGAGGCAGGAAGAGAGAAAGUGGUGAAGUUUGGUGGAUAUAUCAGACAAAACCGUUCUGUGUUAGGGCUGUUUUAUUAGUGGAUGUGUAUGCAUGAGUUCUGCAUCGAAUGGGCGCAAAAACCGCCCCAGAUCCUCCGGGAACAUCUUCCAGAUUGGCAAGCCUCCUUGCCGAGACCCAGAGAGGAGGGAGAGCACCGAAAGUACCCGCAAAGCCCAGCGCGCCGUGGCCGACUGCAGAAUGAUCGUCCAGGAAUUCAAUACCCUUGUGGCUCUGUACCGUGAGCUGGUCAUCUCCAUUGGCGAAAUCACUGUGGACUGUCCCUCCUUACGGGCCGAAAUGCUGAAGACCCGGACCAAAGGCUGCGAAAUGGCGAGAGCGGCACACCACAGUCUCUCCCUGAUAUCGGGGCCGGAGGACGGGGAGAUCCACCCAGAGAUCUGCAGGCUGUUCAUCCAGCUGCAGUGCUGUCUGGAGAUGUACAUCACAGAGAUGCUCAAAUCUGUCUGCUUGCUGGGGUCCCUGCAGCUUCACAGGAAAGGUAAGGAUCCCUGUGGCCCUACCGGGGUCGACAGUAAGAUAGAGGAGAGCUCAGAUAUCCCGAUCCUGGAGGACACCUCUUCCUCCCCUACUGACUUUCCUCAGCUCUGCUGGCUGGUGGCCAAUGACAUAGAAAACAUUGAAAGGGAUAUGAGGGAGAUGAAGAACCUUCUCAGUAAACUCAGGGAGACAAUGCCUUUACCACUGAAGAACCAAGAUGACAGCAGUUUGCUGAACCUGACUCCCUACCCACUGGUCCGACAGAGGAAGAGGAGGUUCUUUGGGCUCUGUUGCCUGGUAACCAGCUAAGGGCCCCGCCUUUGUGGGUAGGAGGCGGCAACAAAGACACCAUUACCCACUGUCCUUCACCACUUGUGUCUCCCACCAAUCUAUUACUGCCAUUUUCAAAUAAAUUGCCUCUUUCUCUUUUUUUUUAAAGGCUAUCCAUUUUAUAAUUUUAUUUUGUAAUACAAAGAAGAACUGUAACCGCAAAUGUAAUCAAAACAAAAGUCAUGAACAUAUAUUUUAAGAUAUUUUGCAACAGAUUUUUCCUUUUUUUGGUAAAUUAAGUCUGAUAUCUGCUUGUCCAAUGUAAAAGAGAAUGAGAGGCCAUUUGAAAUAAUGUCAGUGUUCACUUACUACUUCUAAAAAAGGGAAUAUAAUUGUCAGUUUCUGUUAGAAUUAAUGCAAUAACUUAUGAAUAGACGCCAAUCCGAAUAUUUCAGGACGGCGCUCGCUAAGACAAAGUUAGUCCUUCGUGUGUCUAAACUCAGAUGACAGGUUUGUGCAGAAUGAGUUUGUUGUGUAUUACAGUCUCUGUUUUCCGUCCCUUGCUGUUUUUUCUUCUUAAUGUACUUAAUUUAGUCUUCCAUAAACCAAGUACCUGUAUCCAACUUUAACUUUCCAGCAUCAAAAUGGAACAUAUGAUACAAUACUCAAAAUGAAAAAAACUUCUUUGCACACAAUAUCUAUCUAUGAAUUAAGACAUUAGACUUGUAUAUACACAUACUCUUUACGCAACGCACUCUUAAUUAUUUUCAAAGAGGGUUAGCAAAGAAUGUGUUGGGUGGUAUGAGCAGGGAGGGUCUCCCUCUGUCUGAGGCGAUCCAGCCGACAGAGGCCAGGCAGCAUGGGUCUUGCGUAUUAUUGAUAGUGAUCAAUGUUUAGGGCACGGUGAAGGUACACUAGUCAAAGCUGAAAUAGGUCAUUUUACAUUGUUAAUAAAACUUUUGUUAUUGAAACUAA